AUGAGUGCAGAGGAAGCAGUUACGAACGGCUCCGCGCCUGCAGAGAGAACCACCAUUGGUAUCUCCUUUGGAAACUCCAACAGCUCCAUCGCCUACACCACCGCCGAGGACAAGGCUGAGGUUAUUGCUAACGAGGAUGGAGACCGUCAAAUUCCUUCUAUUCUGUCCUAUGUUGAUGGGGAUGAGUACAAUGGUCAGCAAGCUAAGCAGCAGCUUGUCCGCAACAGCAAGAAUACCGUCGCAUAUUUCAGGGAUUUCCUUGGCCAAGACUUCAAAUCAAUAGACCCCACACAUUGCCACGCCUCCGCACAUCCACAGGCCCACGAUUCCACUGUCGCAUUCACGAUCCAAGACAAGGAAGGCGAUUCUCCCUCUACAGUUACCGUUGGCGAAAUUGCUACCCGACAAUUCAAGAGACUGGCACGAUCGGCGUCUGAUUUCCUGGGCAAGAAGGUUGAUUCUGCUGUUGUUACUAUACCAACCAACUUCAGUGACGCUCAAAAAGCUGCUCUGAUCGCCUCGGCCGCUGAUGCCGGGCUGGAAGUCCUCCAAUUGAUCCCCGAACCCAUUGCCGCCAUCCUGGCCUACGAUGCGAAACUCGAGUCCAAAGUCAGCGACAAGAUGGUCGUCGUAGCUGACCUCGGUGGCACUCGUUCUGAUGUUGCUGUCGUCGCCUCCCGAGGAGGAAUGUAUACGAUUUUGGCAACGGCACAUGACUACGAAUAUGCCGGUGUCCAUCUCGACAAAGUGCUGCAAGACCAUUUUGCCAAGGAGUUCAUCAAGUGGAACACCACCGACCCACGGGAGAAUCCGCGCUCGCUCGCGAAGCUCAAGCUUGAGGCCGAAGCUACAAAGAAAGCUCUGAGUAUUGGUACCAAUGCCAACUUCUCCGUCGAGUCGUUAGCCGAGGGUAUUGAUUUCGCAAGCACCAUCAACCGCUUACGCUAUGAGACCAUCGCGAGAAAGGUGUUUGAUGGCUUCAACCGCCUGAUCGAAGGCGUGGUGAAGAAGGCCGGCUUAGAUGUUCUGGAUAUCGACGAGGUCAUCCUCUCAGGAGGCACAUCCCACACCCCUAAGAUUGCCUCCAACAUGGCAUCCAUCUUCCCCCCAUCAACCACCAUCCUUGCGCCGAGCACCACGCCCACAGCCAUUAACCCCUCGGAACUCCAAGCCAGGGGAGCGGCACUGCAAGCGAGCCUGAUCCAGGAAUACGAGAAAGAGGACAUCGAGCAGAGCACUCACCCGGCUGUUACAACCGUCAAGCACUUGACAAACGCUGUUGGCGUACUGACCAUUUCGUCAGAUGAGGAGCAGGGAGUUUUCACGCCUAUCAUCGCUGCGGAGACACCCGUCCCAGCACGGAGAAUUGUUCACAUCAACGCACCCAAGGAGGGAGGAGACGUCUUGGUUAAGGUCGUCGAGGGAGGUAGCCAUAUCAAGGUCUCCCAAAUCCCGAAGCCACCCAAGGAAGCAAAUGACGACGAGGAUGACAGUAGCGAGGAAGAGGAGAGUGACGAUGAGCCUGAGGAGCACAGAGAGAAGAUAUGGAAGGUGGGCAAACCCCUUGCCGAAGCGGCAGUGAAGGGCGUCAAGAAGGGCGGAAAGGUUGAGGUCACGAUUAACGUUGCGGGCGACUUGGGUGUUACGAUCACGGUUCGGGAGGUCGGUGAGAAGGGAGGUGUGAGGGGAUCUCUGCCAGCUCCUUGA